AUUUAUACCAACCUAACCUCUUCCUUCCUGCUACAAAAAGCAAUAUCUACCUUAGCUUCUCUCUAUUUCCUUCUACAUAUACAUUUAUAUAUCUGUUCCCAAGUUUGUACACUCUCACAGACCCACUAUGAAAACAUACAUAGACAUAGAUAGCCUCUGGGUUUUCACUCUUGCUUCCAAAUGCAAAGCCUUCACUUCCCUAAACUUUCUAUGCUGUCUCGUCAUAACUGGCUUAGCAUGGCUAGCCUUGAGCUUGGUUUACUGGGCUUACCCGGGUGGACCCGCUUGGGGCAAGUACAGGUUGAAGAAAGGCUUUAACUUGAUGUUCCCGGGUAAAUCCAUACCCGGCCCUAGAGGUCUUCCUGUGAUUGGAAGCAUGAACCUCAUGGCGGGUCUCGCGCACCACCGGAUCGCAGCCGCGGCUGAGAAAAGCCACGCCAAGCGGCUCAUGGCUUUCAGCCUCGGCGAGACAAGAGUUAUUGUUGCGUGUAAUCAUGACGUAGCGAAAGAGAUUCUGAACAGCUCGGUUUUCGCUGAUCGUCCGGUGAAAGAGUCUGCGUACCGUCUGAUGUUCGACAGAGCUAUCGGGUUCGCUCCCUACGGGGUUUACUGGCGGACACUUCGGAGAAUCUCAGCCACUCAUCUCUUUUGUCCAAAGCAAAUCAAAGCAUCCGAGGGACAGAGGUUCGAGAUCGCUGAUCAGAUGGUGGCAAUGUUUGGUGCUCACACAGGAAACAUUCGUGUUCGCGACACACUCAAACGAGCCUCCCUCAACAACAUGAUGUGUUCGGUGUUCGGACGCAAAUACGGGCUCGGUUGCCACAACCCGGAAAGUGAGGAGCUAAGGAAGAUAGUUGACGAUGGGUACGAGCUUCUGGGUACACUCAACUGGUCCGAUCACCUCCCUUGCUUAGCUGAAUUCGACCCUCAAAAAAUCCGGUUCAGGUGCUCUGAACUCGUUCCGAAAGUGAACCGGUUCGUGAGCCGAAUCAUUGCAGAGCACCGAGCUCGACUCGGCCAAAUUGUAAACCGUGAUUUUGUCGACGUUUUGCUCUCUCUUGAAGGACCCGACAAACUAUCCGACUCCGAUAUGAUCGCUGUCCUUUGGGAAAUGAUAUUUAGAGGAACUGAUACGGUAGCGGUUUUGAUCGAGUGGAUAUUAGCAAGGAUGGUCCUUCAUCCUGAUGUUCAAUCAAGGGUCCACGAUGAGCUAGACAGAGUCGUCGGACGAUCACGUGCGCUCACAGAGACUGAUCUAACGGACAUGGUCUAUCUACCGGCUGUGAUUAAGGAAGUUUUAAGGUUACACCCGCCGGGACCACUUUUAUCAUGGUCACGGCUAUCGAUCACAGACACUACCGUUGAUGGCCACCACGUGCCAGUGGGGACCACUGCAAUGGUGAACAUGUGGGCCAUCAUGCGGGACCCGGAUGUGUGGUCCGACCCACUUGCAUUCAAGCCCGAGAGGUUUAUCAACGUGGACGCUGAGAUGGAGUUUUCGGUGAUGGGCUCGGAUCUAAGGCUCGCACCGUUCGGGUCGGGUAGGCGGACCUGCCCGGGUAAGACCCUGGGCUUGACCACGGUCAGCUUUUGGGUGGCCUCGCUUUUGCACGAGUUUGAAUUGUGGCCAUCGGAUCAGAUGACUAGUGUUGACUUGUCGGAGGAGCUCAGGCUAUCUUGUGAGAUGGCAAACCCUCUUACCGUUAAAGUGCGCCCUAGGCGUACACCAGUUUUGUUAUUGACCUAGGUACGUUAAUGUUAAAAAGUUCAAAAAAAAAAAAAAAAAAAGUUGAAAAAUAAUCUACUCAAAAAAAUUAUUCAGAAUUUAAAACAUAUGUUGUAACCCAGAAUAAAUAUGGUUUAUAAAAUUUUAAAUUCUGAAUUUUUUUAAAAUAGUUUCCCUGAAUAUAUAAAAAAAAAAAUCAAUAAAAAAGUUGUCUAAUAGGUAUAAUCUACCCAAUCAAAUAGUCAUGUUGCGCUUGAUAAUAAGGAUACAUGACCAUUUUGUACAGUGUUUUUAAAACGAAAAAUGUUUGGUGGUCACAAAUUUUGUGGUUCAAAUGGCUCGAAAAUGUCAAAACGAUGUCGUUUUGACAUUUUCAAAGUUGUUUUGUACCCAAAACGACGUCGUUUUGACAUUUUCGGACCAUUUAAGCCACAGAAUUUGUGGCUACCAAUCAUUCCCUUUAGCCGCCACCUAUAAAAAUGCCCUUGUGUUUGCUAUGUAAAUGCUUUGUUUGGUUGUGUUGGUGUUUUUUUGUUGUCCCUUUUUUUGGACGGUUUAAUUUCAAUGUCUGUUAUUUUGUUUGAUGAUAUAUGGAUGUAUAUACAGGGGUAAAAGCAAUCCAAGUUUUUGUUA